AUGCCCCCCAAACCCAUCCUCGACCACAUCGUGCUCCUCGUCUCGCACCCCACCCUCAAAUCCCUCCCUCCCCGUCUCACCGAAACCUUCCACGUCGCUCCCGGCGGCACCCACGCCGACGGCCUGACCACCAACAAGCUCAUUUUGUUGCAGGAUGGGGUGUACCUCGAGCUGAUCGCUUUCGUCGACGACAUCGAUCCCGAAACGCGCCGGUCGCACCGCUGGGGCACCCGGCCCGAAAACACGGUGAUCGAUUGGGCGCUCACGCUGGAUUCGGGCAAGGAGUUCAGGGAGGUGCAGCAGCGGGUUGAGGAUAGACGACCCGCGACGGGGAUUGGGUAUACGGAUCCUGUGGCUGGUGGGAGGGUGAGGGAGGGGGAUGGGGUGCGGUUGGAGUGGGAGAUCAGUUCUGCGCUUGUUUCUGGGGUUGAUGGAGAUGAGGGGACGGUUGAGGGCGGACGGUUGCCGUUUUGGUGUUUGGAUAAGACGCCUAGAGCGUGGCGGGUUCCGUACCAAGAUGAGGGUGAAGGGCUGACGAGGCAUCCUUCGGGCGUAACGGGGGUGGCGGGGGUGACUGUUGCUGUGCCUGAGGGCGAGAGGGAGAGGUUGAGUGAGGUGUAUACUGCGGUUUUUGAGGAGGAGGAAGGGUCUGGGUCAUCGUGGGGGGUAGAUGUUCCGUCUCAAGAGGCCCGAGGAAGACGUAAAGUUGGAUUGGUGAGGAGUGAGCAUGCGGAGGAGUGGGGAAUUCGCUUGGUGUUGAAGGGAGAGAAGGCGGGGAGGGUGGAGUUGGUGCCUGGGCUUGUUGUUGAGAUUGAGGAGUAG